AUGGAGAUGCUGCGAUCGAAAUGGGUGGCUAUGGCGGCUAGUAUAUGGAUACAGUGCACAAGCGGCGGUUCCUACACCUUCGGAAUCUAUUCCGCAAUCCUGAAAUCGAGCCAAUCGUACGAUCAAUCCACCCUCGACACCGUCUCCGUCUUCAAAGACAUCGGCGCUAACGCCGGAGUUUUCUCCGGGAUUCUCUACACAUACGCUACCUCCAAUCGCCGCCGCACUCGAGGAGGCGCAGGCGGCGGAGGAGGUCCUUGGAUGGUGCUCGCAAUUGGGGCAAUCCAGUGCUUCGCCGGUUAUUUUCUCAUUUGGGCUUCCGUCACCGGACUGAUCGGAAAGCCGCCGGUUCCUCUGAUGUGCCUGUUUAUCUUCUUAGCUGCGCAAUCGCAAACGUUCUUCAAUACUGCCAACGUCGUUAGUGCCGUCGAGAAUUUCGCUGACUAUGGUGGCACUGCCGUCGGCAUCAUGAAGGGCUUUCUUGGUUUAAGCGGUGCGAUUCUGAUUCAACUGUAUGAGACGGUAUGCGGUGGAGAUCCGGCGAGUUUCAUUCUUCUGCUGGCGAUAACACCAACGGUUCUCUCCGUCUUGGUGAUGCCUUUAGUGAGGAUCUAUGAAACAAGCACAGUGGAUGAUAAGAAGCAUUUGAAUGGUCUAUCAGCUGUAUCUCUUCUCAUUGCAGCUUAUCUUAUGAUCGUUAUCAUUCUGAAGAACACUUUUGGUUUGUCAUCGUUAGCUAAUGUUGUCACUCUCGUUUGUCUCCUCUUUCUACUUGCAUUGCCUCUCCUUGUUGCGAGCAGAGCACAUCGAGACGACACCGGAAAAUCAGUGCUACCGGAUCAAUCCCCUCUAAUUCCUGAAGGAGAGAGUCAAGUAGAAGCUAGUUUGAGUAGUGAGAAUCUGAAUCUUUUAGAAGCUAUGAAAAGCUUAAGCUUUUGGUUGUUGUUUCUCGCCAUGAUUUGUGGGAUGGGGUCUGGACUUUCGACGAUAAACAACAUCCGGCAGAUAGGCGAGUCUCUUAGAUACUCAUCCGUUGAAAUAAACUCAUUGGUCUCCUUGUGGAGUAUAUGGAACUUUCUCGGUAGGUUUGGAGCCGGUUAUGCCUCGGAUGCUAUGCUGCACAGAAAAGGAUGGCCACGUCCGUUGCUAAUGGCUGCGACACUUGGAAUGAUGACUAUGGGACAUCUGAUCAUAGCCUCUGGCUUUCAAGGGAACCUCUAUGUGGGCUCUGUUAUUGUUGGCGUUUGUUAUGGCUCGCAGUGGUCACUCAUGCCUACAAUCACCUCUGAGCUGUUUGGGGUUCCACACAUGGGAACCAUCUUCAACACCAUAUCCGUGGCGAGUCCAAUCGGGUCUUAUAUCUUCUCUGUGAGAUUGAUCGGUUAUUUCUAUGAUGAGGCUGCUUCUGGAGAAGGGAACACUUGUUAUGGCUCUCACUGCUUCAGACUGUCGUUUGUUGUUAUGGCGUGUGUUGCGUUUUUUGGGUUUCUUGUUGCAUUGGUGUUGUUCUUUCGGACGAAGACGCUUUAUCGACAGAUCCUUGUGAAGAGGCUGCAUCGCCGAUAG